GAAGCAAAAAAGGAAGGGCGAAAUAAUAAUAAUAAAAAGGAAAAAUUACCAAAAAUAACUCACGGAUUUCCCAAAGCCUCUCCGCCUUGCGGAUUCCCCAACCCUAAAACGGCGGCGGUUUCCCCGGCGGCGGCGCGUCGAGCCGAGUCGGCGGAGGGCGGAGACUCCACCAGCUACCGUUCCCCGAUUCCCCCAGUCGCGGCGCGCGGUUUCCCCCUGUCUUCGCUUCCGUUCGCGGAUCGCUUUCGUAUUGACGAGGGUACCAUUUCGCGGGAUCGGAUUGGGUCGGGGUUCGUGCUCGAUUGGGGGGAGGAAGCGCGUCGUCGUUGCGGUCUCGGGGCAAUCCGUUGGAUCCUUGUUCUUCCUGGAGAGGGGCCGGAUGGACGGGAAGAUGUUCGGGGGUGGCAAUUGGGGGUCCUUCCCCUAUCCCUCCAUCACGAAGGAGAGCCAGUUCCUGUUUGAUGGCAAGGCGACGCCGAUGCAGCUGCAGCUCUUCGGCGGCAGCGCAGUUCCUGCAGUGGGCAGUGUUGGUUAUCAUAAUUAUAUUGCAAACAAUCACCUCUCUGCUAUGAACCAAGAAAGAAAUACAAACAACGAUGUGGGUCAUGAAAAGCUACUCAAUCUUCAGAUGUCCCUGAACAACUUUCCUGUUGAGAAUGCUGGUCGGUUUGCACGUAUUGGUAAUCCAAGUGCUGUAUCAACUGGGCUAAGACUGUCCUCUGACAACAAUGAGCACACUUCGAUCACAUCUGGCAAUGGGAGCAUGCCAUCAAUUCCUGUCAUGGCAUCCUUUGUUGAUGAAGUUAUGACUGAAUUAGACAAAGAAAACAAAGAGUUCAACUAUUAUUUUGAACUUCAGGUGCAACAAUUGUUUAAGUGCAUGAAAGAGGUGAACCAGAGGCAGACGGUCGAAUUUCUUGCAUCCCUUGAACGAGGAGUAGGAAAGAAGCUGAAGGAGAAAGAACUUGAGCUGGAGGCCAUGAACAAGAAGAGUAAGGAACUGAACGAACAGAUCAGGCAAGUUGCCUUGGAAGUCCAGUCAUGGCAGUCAGUGGCACUGCAUAACCAGUCUAUCGCUAACAGCCUGAAGAGCAAGCUCAUGCAAAUGGUAGCCCAAAGCAGCAAUCUCACCAGGGAAGGCUCUGGUGACAGCGAAGUGGACAACUCAGCUUCCAGUCAGAACAUCAAUGCCGUCCCUGGGGGUUUCUUCCAGUCAGGACUCCUCGGCACCAACAGCAUGGCCGAUGGUGUGCUGGGAAGUUGCAGGCUCUGCAGAACAAAGGAGGCAGCCUUGCUGGUGAUGCCGUGUCGCCACCUCUGUUUGUGUGCUGAUUGUGAUAAGAAUGCUGAUGUGUGCCCUGUUUGCCGGUUCCCUAAGAGUUGUAGUGUUGAGAUCAACAUGUCAUAGCAACAGCCUUAGCAUAGAUACAUUGAAACCGUAUAUACGAAGCAAAAUAUAUCUCCCUCCCCCCUUUCAGGUAUCCUCCUUACAUGGUGUGUAGAUUUGUUGAUUGGGACUAUAAAGCUGUGGUCCUCCAGUCUUUUGAUAACCAUACAGAUUUAGAAGCUGUUGUUACAUGACACAUCCGUAACAGAAAAGGGUUCUCAUCU